AUGUGCUCGGAGCGUGCAAUGGAGGCUUCCCUGCGAGAGCCGAUGCAGCAAUUAGACCGCUACGGUCUGGCCGCGUGGGUGCGCGCUGGUCCAGAGAGGGCGUUGGAUAAGCAGUUCCGCCCCGGCCAGUGGAUUGACUGUGACUUGCGCGCAUUUGACCUUUCGACACUGGGACACUUUGAUGUGAUCUUGGCCGAUCCUCCGUGGGAUAUCCACAUGUCGCUGCCGUAUGGGACUCUGUCGGAUGACGACAUGCGUGCGUUGGACGUGCCAGCGCUACAAGCGGAGGGCCUGCUCUUCCUGUGGGUGACGGGCCGGUCUAUGGAGCUCGGGCGCCAGCUACUGGGACAAUGGGGCUACACGCGUGCGGAUGAGCUGAUCUGGAUCAAGACGAACCAGAUGGAGCGGCUCGUCCGGACGGGCCGUACGGGCCACUGGCUAAACCACUCGAAGGAGCAUUGCCUCGUCGGCAUCAAAUAUGCCAAGCGGCGCGACCAGCCCGAUGCUUGGGCCCCUGGACAGAGUCGACACGUGCUUCCGUGGCUCCAUGACGGUCUGGGCACCGACGUCAUCGUGUCACAAGUACGGGACACGUCCCGCAAACCUGACGAGCUAUAUGCAAUGAUCGAGAAGAUGUGCCCCGGUGGGCGGAAAAUUGAGCUCUUUGGACGGAGACACAAUGUGCGCCCUGGCUGGCUUACCCUGGGUAACCAGCUGAAGAGCACCUACGUAGUGGAGCCAAAGCUCCAAGCAGCGUGUGCAGCUACGGAGCCGGCGGGUCCGGCGGUGCCGCGCACGCCCGCACGGACCUCAAUUACAUAA